AUGGCAGAGGGCAGUAAAAAAUGGUUAAACAAGGGGUGAAGUUAUAACACAAAAACGUAAAGCGAUCAUCAUCACCUCGUCCCCUCCGAUCGCAGCCCUAAUUUAGGGUUUUUCCGAUCCCCUGUCUAAUUAAUCACACUAGUGAUUCGAAGCACGUAUGUAUAGCUACACAAUCUACGCAUCUAGGUGAAAUGAUGAAGCGUAAUAUUAUAAUUAUAUGUAUAAUACUAGUGGUGAGUAGUUACAACACCAGACUAGUGAGCGGAUUGGCGACGGCCGAUAGCAGCAAGAAUAACAAGUUCCGGCAACGACUGCCGACCGAUGAUGCGCUUCCUGCUCCCAAUCUAGAUGAGGAUGAGCUGUUGAAUAAGCAAUGUCCUCAGAAUUUGGAGCUGAGAUGGCAGACUGAAGUUAGUUCGAGCAUAUAUGCCACUCCCUUGAUUGCUGAUAUUAACAGUGAUGGAAAGCUUGAGGUUGUAGUCCCCUCUUUUGUACACUACUUGGAAGUCUUGGAAGGGUCUGAUGGAGACAAAUUGCCAGGAUGGCCUGCUUUUCAUCAAUCUACUGUUCAUGCUAGUCCCCUCCUAUAUGAUAUUGAUAAAGACGGCGUGAGAGAAAUAGCUUUGGCCACCUAUAAUGGUGAAGUGCUCUUUUUCAGAGUUUCAGGGUAUCUGAUGUCGGACAAAUUAGUGGUUCCCCGUUUGAAAGUUAAAAGAGACUGGCAUGUCGGUUUAGAUUCCGAUCCGGUGGACCGUUCACAUCCAGAUGUUCAUGAUGACGAACUUAUUCAGGACGCUGUUUUAAACUCAAAACCUUCACCAGCAGCUCACCUGAACAUGGCGAAUGCAUCAAAAAUAGAAAAUCAAGAGACACAGAACAAUAGCCAUACAGAAGCAGAUAUCAAAUUUCCACCAAAUGUAAAUGAUACUAUUCCGGAGGAAAAAACCAGCACUGCAGAUAAUCAAACAGUCUCAGAUACCAAGUUGCAAAAGAUCACGGAUAAUACUACAUCAGAUUCUGGGCCAGAGAGAACCAGCAAUGCAGAAAGUGGAACCCACACUAGUAGACGACUUCUUGAAGAAAAUGGCUCAGACAAUUCAGGGGAGAGUGUUUCUGGAUCUAAAGAUAACAAAGCUGAUGAUGUUCAGGCAACAGUGGAAAAUGAAGCAGGUCUAGAAGCUGAUGCUGAUUCGUCUUUUGAGUUGUUACGAGAUAAUGAUGAGCUGGCUGAUGAGUAUAACUAUGACUAUGAUGAUUAUGUUGAUGAAAACAUGUGGGGAGAUGAGGAGUGGACUGAAGCACAGCAUGAGGCAUUGGAGAAUUAUGUGAAUAUUGAUUCACAUAUAUUAUGCACUCCUGUUAUUGCAGACAUAGAUAAUGAUGGCGUGUCAGAGAUGAUUGUUGCUGUAUCAUAUUUCUUUGAUCAUGAGUAUUAUGAUAACCCUGAGCAUUUAAAGGAACUUGGUGGUAUUGAUAUCGGAAAAUAUGUUGCUGGAGGUAUUGUUGUUUUUAAUCUCGACACGAAGCAAGUUAAAUGGACUUCAAAACUGGAUCUAAGCACGGAUACUGCAAAGUUCCGUGGCUAUAUAUAUUCUUCUCCAACUGUUGUUGAUCUUGAUGGUGAUGGGAAUUUGGACAUCCUUGUUGGAACAUCCUAUGGAUUGUUUUAUGUCCUGGAUCACAAGGGCAAGUUGAGGGAUAAGUUCCCACUUGAAAUGGCUGAAAUUCAGGGAGGGGUUAUAGCGGCUGAUAUCAAUGAUGAUGGGAAGAUUGAAUUAGUGACUACAGACACUCAUGGAAAUGUUGCUGCAUGGACUGCUCAAGGGAAGGAAAUUUGGGAGGCACAUGUGAAAAGCCUAAUUCCACAGGGUCCCACUGUUGGUGAUGUGGAUGGUGAUGGCCAUACUGAUGUCGUAGUUCCAACAAUAUCAGGGAAUAUAUAUGUUCUUAGUGGCAAGGAUGGGUCAGUUGUGCGUCCUUACCCAUAUAGAACUCAUGGCAGAAUUAUGAAUAAAAUCCUCCUUGUUGAUUUGACCAAACGUGGGGAGAAGAAAAAGGGGCUAACUAUUGUCACAACAUCUUUUGACGGUUAUCUGUACCUUAUAGAUGGACAAACAUCGUGCGCUGAUGUUGUGGAUAUUGGCGAAACUUCAUAUAGCAUGGUCUUGGCGGAGAAUGUAGAUGGUGGAGAUGAUCUUGAUCUUAUUGUAACUACCAUGAAUGGUAAUGUCUUCUGUUUCUCAACCCCGGCUCCACAUCAUCCGCUCAAGGGUUGGAGAUCAACUGAUCAAGGAAGAAAUAACGUUGCAAGUCGCUUCGAUCGUGAAGGCAUUUAUUUUACUCCUUCAUCUAGAACCUUCCGUGAUGAAGAAGGCAAGAACUUUUGGGUCGAAAUAGAGAUUGUUGACAGAUAUAGGUUCCCUUCGGGGUCUCAGGCACCAUAUAAUGUGACGACAUCCUUACUGGUCCCUGGUAAUUACCAAGGGGAUAGAACCAUUAAACAAAAUCAGGUAUAUGAGCGUCCUGGAAAGUAUCGCCUUAAGCUUCCAACAGUAAACGUAAGGACCGCAGGGACUGUUCUAGUGGAGAUGGUUGACAAGAAUGGACUACAUUUCUCAGACGAUUUCUCGCUUACAUUCCACAUGCAUUACUACAAACUAUUGAAGUGGCUAGUUGUACUUCCGAUGCUUGGGAUGUUUGGAAUGCUUGUCAUCCUUCGACCACAGGAGGCCAUGCCAUUGCCCUCGUUUUCACGAAAUACUGAUUUGUGAUACAUUGCAACCUUACAAGUUAGCUCUCAAUGGCAACCUAAUGCCAGAAAGAACCAAGGAAUUGGAGCCUAAUGCUUGGGGAUGUAACAAAUCUGUGUAGACCUUAAAGUGUACCAUAUAUGUUUCAGUUGGGUUCACAUUUGAAUUUUGGAGAUGGGUAAGUAACUUUAUCACUAUUUGGAACCCAAAAUACUUAGUUGCUUCACAGACAUAGACGUGCUAGAUGUACAACUUCUUUGAAGCAUUUUUAGAAAGGCUUUUGUAAUUAGACUGUAAAUUGAGAAAUCGGCUCAUCAACGAGGUCAUAGCAUUUAUUUGAUCAA